CCUUGUUCCUAAACCCGCCUCUCCCUCUCUCUUUCACACACGCCUCUCUCUCUUUCUCUCGGCCUCCAUUUCCUCUUCUUCUAGCUCUAGCUAGCUAGCUUGCUUCGGCGCCCGGCUUGGAGAUGUCUGAGGUUUCGGUGAUAAACCAGGCGACGGAGGUGGAGGACGCGGCGGCGGGGCUGGACCUGCCGCCGGGGUUCCGGUUCCACCCCACGGACGAGGAGAUCAUCUCGCACUACCUCACCCCCAAGGCUCUCGACCACCGCUUCUGCUCCGGCGUCAUCGGCGAGGUCGACCUCAACAAGUGCGAGCCAUGGCAUCUCCCAGGCAAGGCCAAGAUGGGCGAGAAGGAGUGGUACUUCUUUUGCCAUAAAGACCGCAAGUACCCGACGGGGACGAGGACCAACCGCGCCACCAUGAGCGGCUACUGGAAGGCCACCGGCAAGGACAAGGAGAUCUUCCGGGGGAGGGGCAUCCUCGUCGGAAUGAAGAAGACGCUCGUCUUCUACCUAGGCCGUGCACCCCGCGGCGAGAAGACCGGCUGGGUCAUGCACGAGUUCCGCCUCGAGGGCAGGCUCCCCCACCCGCUCCCGCGCUCCGCCAAGGACGAGUGGGCCGUGUCCAAGGUGUUCAACAAAGAGCUCACGGCCACCAACGGGGCUAUGGCAACGGCAAUGGCAGCGGCGCCGGACGCCGGGAUCGAGCGAGUCAGCUCGUUCGGCUUCAUCAGUGACCACUUCCUUGACGCCGGGGAGCUGCCGCCCCUCAUGGACCCUCCCUUGGGCGGCGACGUCGACCAAGUCAUCGAUUUCAACUCCAACUCUGCCUACGCCACCGGUGGCCGUUCCGGAUCCGGACUCGAGGUUAAGAUGGAACAGCACAUGCCGCCGCACAUGAUGUACUCGAGCCCGUACUUCUCCCUGCCGGCCGCUAAUUCCGGCGACCUGUCGCCGGCGAUCCGGAGGUACUGCAAGGCGGAGCAGGUCUCGGGGCAGACGUCUGCGCUCAGCCCGUCCCGCGACACCGGGCUCAGCACCGACCCCAACGCCGCCGGUUGCGCCGAGAUCUCGUCGGCGCCCACACCGUCGUCCCACAAUCAAGACUUCCUUGACCACCUUGACGAGUACCCCGCCCUCAACCUCGCCGACAUUUGGAAGUACUGAUGACGCCCGGAUCGAUCGGAGCUGCGUGCCACACGAUUGGCUCUGGCUCUGGCUCUCCUUGAUUAAUUACUCGAUUGGAUUACUUGACUUGGUGUGUGAUGCUCGUGUUAGUGGUUUGCUGAUGCAUCAUCUUCUUUCCGGAGGAUUCUCAAUCUCGGGUUGGAUCAGGUGAUUAUCCAUCCAGACGGACCUCCAGGGAUUAGCUAGGCCUCCUUAAUUAUGUUGAUUAAUUAAAUUAAAUUAACUAGUCCUAGGUUCAUAUCUUGAUCUGUGUGUACAUAUCACUACUACUCUGAUUGUGAUUAUGGGGAGUAGCAGUAACAAUCAUGAUGGUUAUACAAUUAAUGGGUGUAGAUUAGGGGGAGGACUUGAGAUCCAUUUAUGAAUUGAUUAAUUUGGGCGCUGUGGAUGAGCCGGCCAGACAGCUAGCGCUAGCUUUGUAUGUACAUGUACCGCCAUUAAUUGCUGUUGCUUGAGUUUGA